AUGUCAUUGGAAAAGGAUGCCAAAACAGGGAAGUUUCUGGAGGCAGCCAAAGCAUGUCACAAUAUUUGUCGUCUCCAUGGUGUACAUCUGCUAAUAAAUGACAGAAUUGAUGUUGCCCUUGCUUGUGAUGCUGAUGGUGUGCAUAUUGGCCAAUCUGACAUGCCUGUUGCUGUUGUCCGCACUCUUCUUGGGCCAGAGAAGAUCAUUGGUGUAUCGUGCAAGACGCCUGAGCAAGCUCAGCAAGCAUGGGUUGAUGGUGCUGAUUACAUUGGUUGUGGUGGUGUGUAUCCAACCAAUACAAAAGUGAACAAUCUAACUGUUGGUUUGGAAGGGCUGAAAACUGUAUGUUUGGCUUCCAAGUUACCAGUAGUUGCCAUAGGCGGUAUUAGUGUUUCAAAUGCGCGGUCUGUAAUGGAAUUAGGUGUACCCAAUCUGAAAGGUGUUGCAGUUGUGUCUGCUAUGUUUGAUACAGAAAGCAUUUUGGUUGAGACCCAAAAGUUGCAUGCUGUGCUGAUGGAGACACGUGCUGUGGUAAAAUGAACGAAUGCUGAAGAUGAAGGUUCUUAAUGGACAACCUUACUAUAUGAAUUCUGAAUCAAUGUGAGGACUUUGUAGCUGAAACUUGGUUGGCUUUGUAUUUCCUUUUUUUUUUUUUUUGUUAAACGUAUUUAAGUAAUUGUCGUUUUGUAAGACCAUAAUAAAAACACAAUUUUUGGCUUCCUUCUAGGUGAAUCUGAUAGAUCAAGUUUU